AAAAACACUUGGUGAAAUUUUUGUUCCCUCCAAAGCUCAUUAUCCCCUUUCUGAAACUCACAACACCUUUAUCCCCUUUCUGGAACCAGACGAAUCACAGCGCCUUUGUUCCCUCUAAAGCUCAUCACUCAUCAUCGCGAAGAACCCUCUCUGAAAUUUUUGUAAUCAAAUGCCUUUAUCCCCUUUCUGAAACCCUCUCACCAUCGCGAAGAACCACACGCAGCACUCACUAUCGCCACUGACCGUCGCUCCUCUUCGCCCUCCUGCACUGAGCUGCGCUGCUCUCAGCAUCGUCAUCUCUGCGCUUCUCAUCGUCCUUCCCCUUUCAGUUCGAUCGUCAUCUCUGUAACCCUCACCUUCGCCAUUCUCGGUUUCUCACCGUCGCUGGUGACCGUCGCCACCCAGUAACCACUCACUGCCAGUCACCGUCGCUGUUGAUCGUCGCUGUUGCUGCACUGACCAUCGCUCUUCUUCGCCGUUCUUCUCAUCAUCGUCUUCUCUGUGCUCACAUCGUUGAGUAUAUCCUUCUUCACGGGGCAUCUACCUGAGGGAGGCUAGUGCUUUCCAACAAUCUACUGAGGUGAGAGCAUAAUCAGCUUGUUGUCCAUUGAUGAUCAAAGCAUAUCUUUAGUGGACAGUGGAAGUUGAUCCAAAAUUUCAUGAGGAUGCCAACAAAAUUGAAGAAUUGGCUGUGUUUGAGGAGCACAUUGAAUUACAUUCUACAGAUAGCUCAGUUGUGAAAGCCCCUGAUUAUCUACUGCUCACUCAUAAUGGUCGUACCUUCAAGCCAUGUAGAAAGGAAAUAUAUAGAAGUGCCACAUGGUGCAUCUUGGGUUGAGGGAACCAUGAACACGUCAAGUUUUGAUACAACGAGAAGAUUUUUCGUGGAUGCUGUUCAGAUAUGUCCAUUGCAUAGACCGUUGACAUGGAGGAGUGUGAUGACUUUUUCUUCCCCUGCUGCCAAAAGCUUCGCCUUCAAGGUUGUAGGUGGUCAAACAUUGGAACUAGUCAUAGCUCAGUUUUGGUCAAGUGGCAUAGGGAGUCAAGAGACUCCAAGUGUGGAUCUGAAGGUUAUGUUUCAUGGUGUAAAAGUCAACCAAGAGGAAAUUGUACUUGAUGGGAGUGAAGCACCAGUUAGAAUUAAUGCUGAAGCAUUACUGGCAUCUAAGAGACUUGCACCUUUAGCAAUACUAAACAAGAUAAGGAUCCCUUAUAGACCAACAGAUGCUAAGAUUAGUGCACUUACGACUGAUCGUGACAAACUUCCCUCUGGAAAGCAGAUACUUGCACUGACACUAACGUGAGUACUCCAUUACGUGUUUCAUUAUAUUUGAAUGUUUAGAUUGUCUUUUCUUAUUAUUCUGCUACUUUUGCAUUUGUCUUUACUUAAGCAUGUUUAGGUGUACCAAUUAACAAAAGAAAACUAGAAAUUUUGUUGAUAGUUUAGACUUAGUAUUUUGAUUGUUUUCUUGUUCAAUUGCUUGUGUUUUUGUUCAUUUAUAUAUGUUUUGUAGGACUCAUGAUGACCUUUUUGUGCUUUCCUAUUCUCUCUUAAGAGUACUUUUAUUUUAUCAUAACUUUUUAGUAAUUUAUUAUGCUUAUAAGAUAUUUUCGAAAUGUAAAGUUUACACAAACUGAGACUAACUUUUUCCUGAAGCACUGAGAUAUCCUCAUAUAUGAGUUGGUUCUGCAAGUUAUAUAUUACAUAUAAGUAAAAUCAGAAUCAUCAUCACUAUAUAUAUGGCCAAAAACACCCAAGGUUUGCAUGGU